AGCGGUUGUUUUGUCGCCAGCGAAUGCAUCGAUUCCUCCGGAAAAUGUACCCGCGCGGCGCGCUGGCGAUAUCCGAGGAAAAUUUCCGCGUAAUGCAGCCCGUUUUGGCGUGUUCGCGGGCCUUCGGCCUGUGCCCCGUCGAAUUCAAGAACCGCGGGCGGUUCUUCGCCGUUCGCUGGUCGUGGGCCUGUCAGGUUUACAGCCUCCUGGCGCCUCUGGCGUUGUGUGUAUUUACGCUGGUCGACAUCGCUUAUAAACGCUCCGAGGAGGUAGCUAAUGAGAAGGACGAGAAACGGAGGUAUUUGUCCGUUUGCGAUGUACUAACGAUCGUAUUUAUUGUAUUUUGUUGCGUUGUAACGACUCCUGUUAAGACGAAAAUGCUGUGGAAAAUUUGCGAACUCUUCAACGCGGUGGAAAAAGAACUUGUGAUAAAAUGUCCCAAAAAGCACAGAACCGCCUCGAUACUCUCCAUAGCCGCUGUUCUGCUCACUUACACAAUCUUCUACUUGAUCGAUUUGACUUGGAACUUAUUUUACGGGAAAAUCAACGCAGUUUUUGCAACGCCUUUCUACUUACUCAAAUACAUCAUGCUCAACGAGAUCCUGUUUUUCUGCCACCUGGUGCAUUUCGUUAAAAUCAGGAUCCGAUACCUAACCAAAGCCCUGCGGGCCAUAAUCACCCGCAGGAUAUUCGAUUUGAGCACCUUUCGAAACGGCGAAAUCGCCAUGUUGCCGCCUGCCCAAACCAAUAACGACAAAAUUAACAACACCGCUCUGAGAGUCUUCGAUCUGGCGAAAACCUACAGGAAACUACACGAGGCGGUUAGCCUGCUGAACGGAGGAGAAGAAAUUACCAUUGUUGUAAUAUUGUUCUGCGUGAUGCUGCACCUGAUAGUCAGCCCCUAUUUCCUGCUGACCGAAUUGACCAAAAACCCCGCGGAAAGAAGCCUGUCCUUCGUCGGGCUCCAAUUCAUGUGGGUGAUGACUCACGCCGGAAAAUUCGUUAUCAUAAUGGAAACUUGCCAUUAUUGCACGUCUGAGGCUGAAGAUCUAUUUAAUGUGGCGCAAAAUUUAUUCGCCGAGGAAAAAGUGGAGAAAACUAAAAAGGCUCUAUUCAUUUUUAUUCAGCAGUUGAAAAUGUGCAAAAUAGAAUUGAAGGUGUUUGGUUUGUUCAAAUUAGAUAGAUCUGUACUAACCGGUUUUGUGGCAGUAAUUACUACAUAUUUGGUAUUGCUUCUUCAAAGUUAAUAAAACAAGUUUAACUCAACAAUGUUGUAUAAU